AUGGAUCUCGCGGCUGAGCGGGUGCGGGCUCAGCUUGCCAACUCGGUUACACCUAUUGCAAAGCCAGUAUCAUUGACCGAACUCCAUCAUCUGUACCAUCGCGGUAAUGACCGACGCCCACUACCACCAAACCGUGCACAUCAGACGAUCAUAAACCUUGUUCGCACAGAAGCACGGUGGCGUAAUUUCUGCGAUUCAUUCAAUGACCCUAAAGGGCGAGAUUGGAAAACCCUCCUACGAGCGCUAUGUUGGGAGGAGAGGGGCAUCGUUGACGCCUUUGCUCGCUGGUUCGUUCGCAGAGAGGGCUCGAGGGUCACGGCCGAAUCGUCAGCUCGCAGAUAUCUCCGAGAUCUUUCCGCGUUGUUUUUCAGGUAUCAAGGCUUCGAGCUGGAGAAGCGUCUCAGGGAUCAUAUGCGUCAAAUCGCGAAGGUCGAGCUUACACCACUAUUUGGACUGCGAGUUGAGCCGAAACACAAGAACAUCCUAGGGCCUCGUGGGUUCACGUACCUGGUUCACUUCACCUGGGUUCGUUCUCGGCGACCGUUCAAGAUUGGACUGGAUCGCAUCGAUGAUGUAUUCUGCCGCAUGAUAUUGAUGUGGACAGGGUGCCGCUCGCAUGAACUCGUGCAGACUAGUUCUGACACAGGGCAAUACAAGCAGAAGUUCGAUGAGGAAUCAGAUGCCUACACCGACAUCGAUGACGGGCCAGACCAGUACGUUGCGAAGCGGCCUAAGCGUUGCUGGGCCUGUGGCGGUAUCGACGAUAGGACAUUGCCGUCUCGUAAAGUCCUGUGCUGGGAAGACAUUACAGUUCUCAUUCUAUCAGAUCCUGGUAAUAGCGGUGGGCGGGAUAUGUUUGCGAUGGAUAUCCUCCUACGAUUCCACAAAGGUCACAACAAUCAGACAGUUCCCACCAUUUAUCAUUUCAUCGAGGAUCCUUACCCUCUUCUAUGCCCGAUCGUGUACAUUCUCGGCAAAGCCUGCGCAGAGGAUGUCAUUGAUUGGGACGCAUUGCAGAUCGACACCUCGAACCUUCAGAUAGAUGAGAUCAUCAAGAACCUAUUCAACACUAAGCUUCAGGAGCCUUCUGUCGAGAUACCCUGGAAGAAGAAGUACUGGCACACACCUGUUUUUCGAAAAACGGACCUUGGCCCGGAUGGUCGGCCUUUAAAGAUUAACUCACCAAUCACGAAAGCCAUCCUGGACAACAAUGUAAAGAACCAAGGAAUGGAGGCCGGCCUUCCCGACAGACCUCAGUCUUAUGACUAUCGUCGAGGCAAUCUGGAGUUAUUAGACACGCACUACCGCACUUCUGUCCGCAAUCGAGGAGCAAGGCACCGGCCCGGGACCAAUGUUUACGAAACGUCGUAUGUAGGCCAGGGAAUGAGGGCAAUUUCGCAAGACGCAUUUCUAGGCCGUGGCGCCCAUUCCCCUCUCAUCGACAUUCUCAACCAUGUUGGUCUCCGCUACGAUGAGAGCGCGCCUACGAAGGUGACAGAAGAAAUGAUGCGCCUUGUCGGCCCUGACAGCACCAUGGUUCGGCUUGAGGGGGAGCUGUCAACCCUUCGGGAGCGGCUUCUUGAAAAGUAUGGCAAGGUCAGCUACGCUCCUAUAACUGAUCAGGCGGCAUAUAAAGAUGUGCAGUGCCAAGCGAAAGCGGCCAAGCAGCGAUACAGCCGAAAGGUUCUCGACCUUUUCCGAAAGGAUCAUUUCACUACGAAGAACAACGUGGAGCUUGGCCGCCAACUUAACGGCGAGGGUCAGCUAGAUUCUUCUCAAAGAAUCAGAACAGUGUACUUUACUGUCCCAGAGCGAAGACGGCUUGCAGCCCUGUUCGGCGAUUUCGAUGACAAUCCAUCCGAAGAAAUCAUCACGCAAAAGAAGAUCGAUGCAACUUUGGCCUUGAUUCGGUAUGCUUGGGUCGUCGAAAAGGAUGAUCAAGCACUUCUGCUAGACUUAGUAUCGAACACUACAGAGGAAUGCCUACCCAAGAAGCGACCUUGGUUUGCAUCUAUGAUUCGAGAGCCAGUAAGCCUUCCAGCGCGUAUUACCGAACCGCAACGCCAAGCAAGUCCAAGAAACUCCGGCCCAGCCUCCAGUGAUUUACCCAUAGGCUUCACCUGCAUCUUCUGUGGGAAGGUCGUCCGACGGAAAGCUACUAUGUGGACUUGUGUCGACAAACAUAUCACGAAGCUGCUCAGCAAUACUGGUACCGUGCCAUGCCCAUAUCCUGGAUGCGAGAUGAAGGAUGCGCACAGCAAUGAAAUGCUUUUCAAAAACCACGCCUACCUGGAACAUGGGAUUGCACUACGACCAAUAAAGCAAACAAGAAACAUUAUGGAAAGUCUCGAGACCGACCCAUUAUGUGAUGAAUCUACUUCGACUAGGUUCAACGAAAGUGAGAAAGAGGUGAUUGCAAAGGAUGACCCACACGACUGGGAAAUCGGGGCCUACCAUACAGGAACCACUCAGCACUCUUUGAGUCAAUAUCCUGCCUUCCCCAAGGACAACCCCCCCCACACAGGAUUCUGCACCGAGUCUGGCGGUCUGAUGAUUCUUCCUGAAGAAGAUUCAAAUUCCAGCAAGGACAUGCAGAUGCAUUCUUCUGAUCACUGGGAUAGCCAAGGCUUUAUAUCUAGGUCAUCACAAGAGCUAGAGUUGUACGGUGAUCAGUUACCCGUCCGAUCCGAUACAAUGGAAGCAUUCGGUAAUGCUGAGACACAGUUCGCACCGAUAUCACCUUUGUAUGGAAGACCAGGGUGCACAGAUACAUGGUCGGAAUCAAUCCCUUCAAGCUUUGACGCAGAGUUGCUAGAUCCGCUGCUACGAGAAGUUGAUGCACCUACCAGCUCCACUGUUCAGGUCCAGAACUUGGAGCCAGAACAAGAAGUCAGCAGCAUCAACGAUGCGACCGACUACCCUGUCGAAUGCCUCGUCGAGAAACGCGGUAAUAUGUUCUACGUACAAUGGAAAGAUGGUUCAUUGUCGUGGCAGAGCCGAGAACAGAUAUCUGAUGAUCUGACUAAACCGUUUGAGGCUUCUUGGAAAGGAUACCAUCGAGGAGUUACGGUGCUAUACAGGAAAACGACAGGGACGGCCCCAUUUCGAAUUAAGUUCAAGGAUUGGCCGUGGGGAAACGCCGCCGCCUGGGCCACUCCUAAGCAGCUUUGCCCCGACCUGGUAUCACAGUGGCCAAUCUGCAGUAAACAAGCCAACUAG